UUGGAUCAAGAAACAUUAGAGUAUGCAUGGCUGAUCGAAGUGCAAUUGGGCAAAUUAAGCGGGAAGAUCACUUCUCCUCAAUUACAUCAUUUUGUUACAUCAUUAGAGACAUUCUUAUUAAUGGCCAAAAAUACCGAGAACAGUUUACGUCCACCUAAUUUACCUUUCCAAUGCCAUCAUGGUCUUGCGCCACUGCAGUGUCCAGAGAGCGAUAUCGAUAAACAUUAUAGGUGUCCAAGUUCUGAAGAUAUAAAAUAUAGAAUGACAAGAUUGUCCAUAGAUGCUGUUGAUUUAUACUUACAAGAAGUAGGUACUGCUAUACAAUUUUGGAUAUCUCCGAUUCGCGUUGCUACUUGUAAUCUUCAUGGAUAUCAAGUAAAGUCGGGCGUUACCGCUGUUUUACCUACAAUAUCUAUUCGGCAGUUUGUGUCUGCUGCAGAUUAUUUUGCAAAUACAAGUAAUACUAAUACAACUGGUAGUGGUAGAUCGCAUAAUAAUGCAAGCAGCCGAUUGUCAGGUGAUGGUUCAGAUAUAUGGCUUGAGGUAGGCUCAAUAUCUCUGGGUCCAGUUGUUCUAGAAGCUGCAAUUUCUCUUCCAACUCCAGAACACAAUUUACACUUAGUACAAAAUAAAUAUUUAAAAAUGCACGAUGAAGCAACAAAACGUUUGUGGUUUCUUUGGCCACAAGAAAGUGGAGUAAAAGCAACGAAAUGUGGUUGUAUAGGAGGUUGCGUAUUUUUUGGCAAUAACCGUAACGGACCAAGAUUUUUCAAACCAAGCUACCAUGAUCUUCAGGAUGGUAUUAAUAUCGCUGCCUAUAGAAUUCAUGAAUCUGGUAAAGAGAAAGGAUUUGGACAGUCCAUUUUGCAUGAUGGGCAAUUGAUAUUCCACACACCACCAUAUAGCUUGCAAGAUAUAUCUUUGCAAGAUGUAUGUUAUUCUACGACAGGAUUGAAAGUAACAGUCAAUCAGGAUGGUUCACAAAUUCUGAAGAAAAGUAUUGAACGUCCAAGGUCUGUGACCGAUCAUAAUAAAGAAGAAAAUAAUAGUACAAAAUUAAACGUUACGUCUGCAAGUCCAUUGAUAUCUAGUGGAGAUAGGAAAUCGUUGGACAGAAGAUUUUCUUAUACAUCGAUGCGUGGGCCGAAAGAUGUGCCAUAUUCUCGUUUAAUUGAUGCUAGCCCUGUAGCACAGUUACCUCAAAAAUUAGAUUCUGAUUCGAAACUAAAUGCAGAACGCAGUAAAUCUAUCUUAAGUGUACCAGAAAUUGAAACUGCACCCAAAAGUAGCAUAUCUGAUUCGAAAUUGGCCGUAGAUUAUUUUACUGCAACAGAGAACGUAGAAACACUUGAAUCAAACAGUCCACAAUCUUUGCCUACAGUUCCAACUGAAUUUAAUCUAUCUACAUCCGCACGAUCGACUAUAAGAGACAGUAAAGAAAUGAAUGUAUCGGAUUCUCAUCAUUCAUUAUAUGCAAGAACAAAUUCGGAAGAACGAUUAAAGCAGGAGGUACAACGUACAGUAUCUAUGUCGUCUGAAAAUCAUUCGGAAGCCUUUUAUUCAGCCGAUGAAGAUAUGAGUCACGGAUUAAGCGGAAGUCGAACGUCUAGUUUACGUCAAUCCAUCGUCGGUUCUGGCUGUGUUUUAAACCGUAAUGACAGUAUAAAGAAAAAAUUUUCGUCGGACUUAUCUAUUGUUGAAAGCUCGGCUAACGUAAAUAUCUCGGCGGAUAAAGCGCAUACGUUAGAAAGAGCAAAGACACAAAUAUUAAAUACAAAGAGAAGUCCCAGGAUUAAUAGAAAUACUAGUUUUCAAAAUAAAAUUGAUCAAACUGAAAAUGGUUUGCAAGAUUCAUCAGAUAGCCAUUCGGUAUCAUCUACCAGUUUUAUUUCCGCUGUAUCCUCGCAAGAAGAUGUCACACUUGUAAAUUUGCACAUGCAAGUGAAUAAACCGAUCGUAGAUUCACCAUUAUUGAUGUCGAGUUAUGUCAGUCAUUUAACACAGGUUCGUUGCUCAAACUGGAAUCAAUCGUCAUUACCGGCGGGUGGUGAUGCAUUUACUACUCCUAUAUUUCAACGUGCGGAAGAUGGUAGAUUAGUUUACGUUGGUGGACGAUAUAUACCAAAACUUGAAACUGUCACGGAAGGUUUUACAUCAUUAAAAAUGGUGACACGUUCUGACGGCUCGCCUGUUGCAAGUUCAUCUAAUAAAACACCUACACAUCCUUACUUAUGGGACGAUAUAACCCUAAAUCAAACGGAAGGUGAGGAAGAUAAUGCGAUGCACAAUGAGGAGGAAUUAUUAGCAAUAUUGCACGAAACUGGACUACGCACAACGGUUAUUGUUAAAUUCAAAGGCGAUGUCGAUAUUAUGUUAAGUCCUAUGAUUCUGGAAUCACUUCAGCGAUUUAUUGAUAGUAUUAUACCAACCUUGGCCAGUUUACAUCCAUUGACAAUCUUGAAUCACCUUCAUAACGAAUGUAUAAGCAAAGUAGAGAAUGCAAAUAUUUUAAAACAGGAUCAAAGUUUAUCGUAUUGGAGUCAAGUUCAAACUAGUUCAAAACGAUCUACUGCAGAAAGGAAUCUUAAAAAUGGGCAAGGUAAAGUUGCACUGCAAACAAAUGUCUAUGAAGAAAGUAUUACGACGCAAAUACAAGGCAGUAUUAUCUUACCAAAGUUAAAUCUAACAUUGUUACAAGCAUCCGUCGUUGAAGAAAUUAUCUCGUUCUCUGCAUUAGAAAAUAUUCGAGACUUGACAUGUGUAUCGCUGUUUGCGAUUUGUCUCGACGAUGUCACUGCGAGAUUCUAUUUAGGAAAACAAGCUCGAGAAGUUGUUCAAACUUUUCAUAAACCGGCAGCAUUACCAAAUCAGAAGAAGGUAAACAAAAUCAGUAAAGCAUUUUUAUCUGGACAUCAAACUACUGCAGUAGUAGCUGAUGUGGGAGGAGAAACGGUAUAUAUAGAAACAUCGGAGAAACAGCAAGAAGAAAUUGUAGUAACUUUAAAUAUCGGUAAAGCACAUUCUCAAUUAAGAAGACUAAGAAAUGAAUCUUCAAUAUUGAAGGAUGCAGUGAUAACUGCUAUACCUGCACAUUAUUCGAAAGUAUUAUUUACCUGCACAAGAAUGACGUCGCCAUUAAAAUGUGUUGAUUAUUAUUUACAUUAUUUAAUGGACGAAAAAGAAAAGCAGAAUAAACAGACUGGACCACCACAAGCUACUGAAGAAUUACUAUGGGAUGCGGAGAAGAUAGAUUGGGAUUUAUUAUGUUUGAAUGUGGUUUUGAAGGAAUUAAAUUGAAAGUAGUAAAAAGGUCUCAAUUUGAAAAAGGAGAAAACGGCGACAGUGACAAAAA